CCUAACAAAAGAACAGGCAAAAAAGAGAAACUUCUUUGCAUUUGCCGUACUCCUUAUGACAAUACUAAAUUUUAUGUUGGUUGCGAACAUUGUAGCAAUUGGUUCCACGGCGAUUGUGUUGGGGUGACCGAAGAAAUGAGUAAAACAAUGGAAGAGUAUGUGUGUCCUGAUUGUCGACGCGCAGAGGAAACACAAGAACUUUACUGCUUAUGUCGACAGCCCUAUGACAAUUCGCAGUUUUACAUUUGCUGUGACCGGUGUCAGGAUUGGUUUCAUGGGCGAUGUGUUGGAAUUCUACAAUCUGAAGCUGAUAACAUUGAUGAGUAUAUAUGUCCAAACUGUCAAAAAAAUAAUUCUGUGAAUUUUGCAAACAUGAAAGAAUUAACACCCAAAGAAAAAUUUAAAGAGGCUUGUAAAACAAAUACAAUUACACAAAAAUGCUUGGCCUUUUAUGGAACCUGUAGAUCCAAGAGAGGCACCUACUUAUUACAAAGUUAUAAAGGAACCAAUGGAUCUGCAGACUGUGGAACGAAAAGUGAACGAACAAAUAUACAGUACGUUAAGUGAGUUUAUUGGUGAUAUGACUAAAAUAUUCGAUAAUUGUCGGUACUUUAAUCCAAAAGACUCGGAGUUUUAUAGAUGUGCGGAUGGUUUAGAAGCAUUUUUUGCACAAAAAAUUAAAUAUUUUCGUGAAAAGUUAUUUGAAAGUACGCAAUGAUGACAGUGCCAGUGGGAAAGUGUUGUAACAUUGAACAUUCACGCGGUUUGGUGCAGACUAUACCACUCUAAAAAUAUAUUUCAUUUGCUAAUUUUUCCCUACGAUCUGUCUGUAAAUUGUAAAGAAUGUGAUUAAAUUUACAAAUAAAUUAUAAAUUAUACAUAAUUUGUUGAAAAUAUCUUUGGAGUAUGUCAGUUUCAAUAUCAGGUAUUUAUUGUAUUUAUUAAAUGCUUCAUUUUACUUUCUUAAGGCUGACACUCUUAGAUAUUAUGACAGUGAUUGUCUGUUUACGUAUACAGUUGUGAGAUAUUAUGUUAGCUAAUGUAAUUUAGCGACUUUAAUUAGUAAGUAGAGUAAGGGAAGUAUAUUGUAUGUAAGUAAUAAAUUUUUAAUAUACAAA